AUGGACUCCACACCACCCACAAGCUGUUGGAGAUACCUGGACCCUGAAGGCUACGAGGACCCUGGCAUAAAGAGCUCCCGCAUAUCGCUGGGGGAGAUGAGCACUUCGUCGGUGACCGAUGUGGACCUGGAGGCGGCAGGGAGCAGGAGGCCCGUGUCCCGGCGGGAGACCCAUGAGGUCUUUCGCCGAGACGCCUGCCUGGCCGAGGGUCGCCAGGACCUGCUGCGGGGGGUGGAGGACUUCCUGGAGGCCAGCAUCGUCCUGCCGGGGCUUGUGGGGUCCCCACCAGCGCUGGCAGAGGCACGGGGUGCUGCCACGUGGGUGACGGCACAGGGUGAUGAUGGGUUGACGAUCUUCAAGGAUCACCCGCUAAAGCGGCAAUACAGCGUGAAGGCGGUGGCCGAGCCCAAGGUGCCGGAGCCCAACACGGCGCUGCUGUCCCUCGUCCUCAUGGCCGGCACCUUCUUCAUGGCCUUCUUCCUCCGCAAGUUCAAGAACAGCGUGUUCCUGCCCGGCAAGGCCCGGCGCUUGAUCGGGGACUUCGGGGUGCCCAUUUCCAUCUUCAUCAUGGCGCUGGUCGACUUCUUCAUCAAGGACACGUACACGCAGAAACUGAAUGUCCCCAGAGGGCUGGAGGUCACCAACUCGUCCGCCCGGGGCUGGUUUAUCAACCCCAUGGGGAAGGACAACAGCUUCCCCAUCUGGAUGAUGUUCGCCUCUGCAGUGCCCGCCCUCCUGGUCUUCAUCCUCAUCUUCCUCGAGACGCAGAUCACCACCCUCAUCGUCAGCAAGCCCGAGAGGAAGCUGCUGAAGGGCUCCUGCUUCCACCUGGACCUGCUGCUGAUCGUGGCCAUGGGGGGGGUGGCCGCCCUCUUCGGCAUGCCCUGGCUCACUGCCACCACCGUCCGCACCAUCACCCACGCCAACGCCCUCACCGUCAUGAGCAAGACCAGUGCUCCCGGCGAGAAGUCCCAGAUCUUGGAGGUCAAGGAACAGCGCAUCAGUGGCUUGUUGGUGGCCGUGCUCAUCGGCGUCUCCAUCCUCAUGGAGCCCAUCCUGAAGCACAUCCCGCUGGCCGUGCUCUUCGGCAUCUUCCUCUACAUGGGCGUCACCUCCCUCUUUGGCAUCCAGCUCUUUGACCGCGUCCUGCUCUUGCUGAUGCCACCCAAGUACCACCCCAAGGAGCCCUACGUCACCCGGGUGAAGACUUGGCGGAUGCACCUCUUCACCUUCACCCAGAUCAUCGCCCUCGGGCUGCUGUGGGCGGUGAAGUCCACCCAGGCCUCGCUGGCGCUGCCCUUCGUCCUCAUCCUCACCGUGCCCCUGCGGCGCUUCCUGCUGCCCAAGAUCUUCCGGGACAUCGAGCUCAAAUGUCUGGACGCAGACGACGCGAUGGUGACCUUCGAAGAGGCGGAGGGCACGGACGUGUACGACGAGGUGCAGAUGCCCAGCUAA